UCAUUUCCUCUUUUUCUCUCUCUCAGAAAAUUGUAGCUUAUCUAAUCUUGUGCUUUAUCCAUGGCUGCCAAGAAGACCUCUGAAGCCUCUUCUUCCACCAGUCGAUGGAAGUAUGAUGUUUUCUUAAGUUUUCGCGGUCAGGAUACUCGCACAAACUUCACUGAUGUCCUUUUCAAUUGGUUAGACAGGGAUAGGAUUCUCACCUUUAAAGAUGAUGUAGAGCUAAACAAAGGAGAGAAUAUCUCUUCUGAACUAAUGGCAGCCAUUAAUGGUUCUAGGAUUGCCAUUAUCAUCUUCUCUGAGAAUUAUGCUUCUUCAUCUUGGUGCCUUGAUGAACUGGUGAAGAUCUUUGAUUGCAAAAAAGAUGGCCAACUACAAAAAGUUCUACCUGUUUUCUACAAGGUGGAUCCAUCUGAUGUUAGGCAUCAACGUAACAGUUAUGGGAAGCCAUUUGAGGGACAUGAAGUGCGUUUCAAGAAUGAAAUGGAGAGGGUGGAGAAGUGGAGGGCUGCUCUCACUAACGCUGCAAAUUUGUCAGGGUGGCACCAUGCGAAGGAUGGUAAUGGGUAUGUCUUAAUCAAAUCCUAUUUUUCAUUUUUGUUUUGCUAACGAUGGGUAUCCAGACCUUUGGCCAGACUAGUCCCGUGGGCCUCUUAAUCAAAUCCUAUCACUUCUUUAUUUAUUACUAUAUUUGGCUUCUACUUCUAUGGUUCUAUCUUCUAUCUCCCAUGGAUUUUUUGUUUCCGCAUUCUAUGUUUGGAUGCUAAGAAAAGGGGAAAAAAGAUUAAAAAAAUAUUGAAUUUAAAUUUAGAAUUGAGUUUUCCUAAGGCCAUGGUGAAUGAGAAGGCCCUUCGCGAACCCAAACUAUAGGGGGAGAGGGGGGUCACAUCUGAACCGUAUCAUCAUUCAGUCAUCAGUGAAAAAAAAUUGCCCUUAAA